GUCUAUAUCUCAGUUUCGGCUGUUGGUGUUCUCCUUCCUUUCUCCUGUUGAUUUCGGACCCAAAUCCGUCUUUGUCUGUGCGAUCUGUUGGGGAAAAAAAAAGGCAGGAAUGGAGUUCGCGUCCUUCGUCGGCAGAGUUCUGUUCGUCUCCGUGUUCAUUCUCUCCGCCUGGCAAGAGUUCAAUGAUUUUGGCACUGAGGGUGGUCGGGCCGCUAGGGCAUGGAGACCGAAAUACAAUGCGUUUGCAAGCCAUUUCACAUCUCACACUGGGUUGCAACUGCCACCGGUCGAUAUGAAGCAUCUUGUUGCUGCGGCUAUAGCCCUGAAGGGUCUCGGGGGGGUUCUUUUCAUCUUCGGCAGCUCCCUCGGAGCUUAUCUGUUGCUUCUGCAUCAAGCCAUAUCCACACCAAUACUAUAUGACUUCUACAACUACGAUGCUGACAGAAAGGAAUUCGGUCUACUAUUCACAAAGUUCACUCAGAACCUUGCUCUUCUUGGGGCAUUGCUGCUCUUCAUCGGGAUGAAGAACUCGAGGAAACAUGGAAGGCAAGCCAGGAAAAAGUCCACAAAAGCGAAAACAAACUGAAGAAGAGAAUCGGUUUAUCGGAUUUCGGCUUUUCAUCAAUCUUGUGACAGGAAUGUGAGUCUGUUUUCCUCAUGGGCACAUCGAUCUAAAGAGGGUACGGAAGCUAGGCUAGUUUUUGCUUUAGUUUCUUGAAUCUCUGAGUUGCAGUUCUCUGGUUUUUGGUAGUGUGAUUUUGGAUCUUAGAGAGAAGCUACUUCAGUUCCAAACUUUUUUUACUUUCUCUGUAAUAGACAUUCUUCCAAAAAAAAAAAAGUUUAUCCAAA